CCUACUGGUAGUCCCCUACUAUAUCGACACACAUUUUGAUAACAUGUCCCUAAUACGAUUAUGACUGAAAACAAUUUUCAUCAAGUUUUUUCACUUUUACUAUUUCUUGUUUAUUUUUUCAUUUCAUAGAUGUGAUCAAUGGAUAUUAGGGUUAUCUGAACAUUGGAUUUAAUGGACUAUUGUGCAUUAUAAUGAUUUUGUUUAUAUGGUUUUUAACUGCAUUUAUUAAAAUUACCUUCGGUAUCCAAGACAACAUUUUGAAUUGUGCACAAAAAGAUUUAACAUUUGAAAAAUUAAUUGGACUACCCAUUCCUGACGUACAUAAUCAGCAGAUUUUGAUCCAAUCAGAUAAAAGCAAUCAUUCUUAUUCAAUUACUCUAGAUUGUAUAAAUUCUUGUCGAAAUAAUGCUACAUGUCGAAGCUUUAUUAUCUUCUAUAAAGACAUGGUAUGCUAUUGGUUUGACACUGAUUUAACUAAAGUCAAUUUUAAUGACAGGACUGAAGGCGAUGCUGAUAGUGCUUGGUUUGUUAAAGUUUGCUUAUCUCACGAUAGUCAAUGCAAAAAAGAGUGGAUUUUUGAAUCAAUUCGUGGAGCUACCUUAGUUGGAGACGAUACGAAAAUAUUACCAAAAAACAUAUCCAAAACCGACUGCGAACAAAAAUGUGUGGAUGAAGAAGAAUUUGACUGUAAAUCUAUUGAAUUUAGAACUAAUACAAAUCAUUUUGCCCAAGACAAUUCUAUGGGAAUGUGCAUUUUAAGUAAUAACAAUAGAUAUUUAAUGCCAAAUGCUUAUAGAGUAUCCAGUGACGAUGACUAUUAUUUAGAGAAUCAAUGUAAUUUAAAAGGCGAAAAUAAUGCAGAAAAUAACAAAUACUUUUGUGCCUAUGAAGAAUACCAGGAUAUGUUAUUCCUUCAUGGCGACUUAACAUUUCAAAACACAUCGAAAGAAGACUGCAAUGAUCUCUGUGAAUUCAAUGAGGCGUUUACUUGUAGAGGAUUUAGUAUUAUGAAGCCAUUGACUUGUAUUUUACAUAGCGAGGAUACAAAACUUAGAGGACCUAGAAUGCUUACCCCAGCAAGCGGAUCCUCGUAUUAUGAAAAAGCCAGAUGUCUGAAUAUAAACAUUACGUGCAAUGACACGUCUCUAGGCAUAUCUUACCAACCAGAAAGUGCGGAAUUCCGUGGAAAACUGUAUAUGCAAGGGUAUUCGGAAAACCCGAAAUGCCAAGCCUCAAGACAAGAAAAACUAAAUCUGGUUUCGUUAAAUUUGCCCUUAGAAGAAAAUGAUUGCGGCAUCAUUAAAGCCGAAAGCUCUUCAAAUAGAUCGCUUUUAACGGGAAUGUUAGUAAUCCAGUACAACCCAUUAAUCCAGACUCAAUCUGACAGAUUAAUCAAAGUUGGAUGUAUUUUUACCAACGAAAAUAAUAUUCUGCUUGGGACAGGUAUAUCAAUUUCCCCGAACUAUUCCAGUAAAGGUAGUAUCUUAAUAAACACAUAUCCAAAUGUAACAGUAACUCCAGUAGUAGAGAUGCAUGUUGUUGAUAUGGAAACACAACAGGAAACCUCCAACACUCAGAUUGGGCAAAUACUCCAACUCAUCAUAGAAAUGAAGGAGAAAAAUAAUUCGUACGACUUUUGGGCAAGUCGGUUGAUUGCCAUGACGGAAAAAGGAGAAGAAUCAAUAUUUCUACUAGAUGACAGAGGUUGUCCGACAAACCCUAACAUUUUUCCACCAUUACAAAAAAUAAUGGCCAAUGGUACUCGACUGCUAACAGGAGUUUUUCAAGCCUUUAAGUUUGCAUCCUCUCCGGUAGUAAGACUGAGCGUUAUGGUACAUUUUUGUUCUAUCAAAUGCCCUCCGAUAGAAUGUGUUGGAGCAAAAACUGUAUUUUCAGUAAGAAGGGAAAGAGAGUUACCCGCACACGAUAUAAAAGCGGUCAUGGAGGCUAAUUCUUCAGUAUCAAACGUCACUAAUAUCAAUAAUAGUAUCGAAAUAUCUUCAGAUUUAAAAGAUCAGAUACCUUUAGAAUAUACUAUGACAGUAACAGAUUUAAAUUUUAAUCCAAGCAAGUUUAUUUUGGAUCAUCAUGGAACUAUUCUUGUAGCUGGAUAUAGGUCUGCUACAAAUGAAGUAUGUAUGGAUUAUAACUUAGUUAUAGGUCUAAUAAUAACUUGGAUAAUAAUCCAGCUGCUGUUUAUAAUAUCUGCUGUAAUGAUGUUAAGGCGUUACAAGAAGCAUUAUAAGGAUCAAUAUACAAAGUCUUCUAUGGAAGAUCUUCAUAAAAAUUUUGGACUAGGAUUUAGUAACCUCAAUAAAAAGAGGGUACGAUUAGCAGAUACAGAUCUUAUGUAAUGUUAAAGUUUGUUUUGUUAAAUAAAAACCGUUUUUAUACAUUUGAA